AUGGCGAAGUCGAGGCGCUGCCUUCUGCUGGGGCUUUUCACCGCCGCCGUUGUCACCUUGGGAGCGAGCCAGAAGUUCGCCCCUUACCCCGACAUCAACAACAAGACCUUUAUCAAGCAGUAUGUCGACGCCCACAACAAAUACCGGAGCGAAGUCAAUCCCAGCGCUGCCAACAUGCUGUACAUGACAUUUGAUGUAGCUUUAGCUAGAAUCGCUAAAGCUUAUGCACAGAAAUGCAUCUGGGGUCACAAUCCAAACAGAAAAGUCCACCCAAAUCCUAAAUUUAGACCUUUUGGAGAAAAUCUGUGGCUGGGAGGUGCCAGCAAAAAACCAUUUAAUAUUGCUGGUGCCAUUGGAGCCUUUCACUCAGAGAUAAAAUACUAUGAUUUCAAUACUCUGAAAUGUACACGUGUGUGUGGUCAUUAUACUCAGGUUGUUUGGGCUAAUUCUUAUAAAGUUGGCUGUGCUAUUGCUUUCUGCCGUCAAGUGCUUGGAAGGGGAAAGAAUUUGGGAAUUCUAGUGUGUGAUUAUGCUCCAGUGGGCAACUAUAGAGGAGCCCGUCCUUACAAAGCAGGGAAGUCAUGUAGUGAGUGCCGACCAGGAGACACAUGUCAAAAUAACCUCUGUAGAAAUCCACAACGUGAUCAGGAAAAUGCCAGUUAUGCAAAUUGGCAUCCACCAUAUACACUCGAUAUAAGGUUACCUCAAUUGGUUCCCGGAGAGGGAUAUAACAAACUCCUCACCAAACGCAUCUUCACAACCCCUUUCUUCAUACCCUACAAAGCCACCACAUUCCUCUCCUUCCUCUCCAGCUCCAUCACACUCAGCAUGUGACUCAUUCUGUAUUGCUGUUUUAAUUUUAAGAAUAUUGUCUCUGUUAAUUACUUCUGGCACUGUGAUCCUGCUAUCCAAGCAGUACCCACAGAUGUUUAUG